AGCCGACCCUCCCUGUGGCCAGGCCCCGCCGCGGCAGCCGCUCCCCCUGCUGGGGGCAGAGCCGGGCCCGGGGCGGCAGCGCGACCGAGUAUCUGGGGGGAGGGGCUGGAUAGUCACCACCCGCCUCCCGCCAGUGGCUGUGGCAGAGCCGCGCUUCCCCGCUGGCAGCCUGUGCCCGGCACCUGCCCCCGCGCGGUGCUCGUGCAGCCCUGGGGACGAAAUAUAAAAAAAAACCCUUUUUAUUACAGAGAUUUGCCCUGGUGGUUUCUGAAAGGCAAACGGCCCUGCCCGUCAGAGCAACAUGGGUGGUUUUACUGAGGUUAAAGUGAAAAUACCUUUUGGAAAUAAAUACCUAGAUGCUAUUUUUUCUGUCCCAGACAAGAUAUUAACACACGGAGUGAUUCUUACUCAUGGAGCUGGAGGAGAUAUGCAUUUCUCUCAUUUAGUUUCUUUGGUAGCCUAUCUUGCAUCCCGUGGACUUCUGUGCUUGAGAUUUACCUGUAAAGGCCUUAACAUUGCUUAUAGGACUAAAGCAUAUAAAACAGUUGUGGAAUAUUUAAAGUCCUCUGGUGAAUAUAAACUUUCUGGUGUCUUUCUUGGAGGUCGUUCGAUGGGUUCACGAGCCGCUGCCUCUGUGACACGUCAGAUUAGCCAAGAUGACAAUGAGGAUUUCAUUCAUGGUCUGAUAUUUUUAUCUUAUCCACUGCAUCGACCAAAGCUCCAGUCCAAACUCCGGGAUGAAGAUUUAUUUUUUAUUAAGUGUCCUGUGCUGUUUGUCUCAGGAUCAGAAGAUGAGAUGUGUGAACAAACAUUAUUGGAAGGUGUGGCAAGCAAAAUGAAGACCCCUACAGAAAUUCAUUGGGUUGAAAAAGCAAACCAUGGCAUGGCAGUAAAAGGACGAACACCAGACGAUAUUAUGAUGGAAAUAAGCGCACAGGUUUUUUUGUGGAUCAAAGAAAUCAUUGAACAGGAGUACAAAUAACUUCCAACAGUUAAACAUCGGUUACAUUAACCUUCCCUAAAUGUAAAGGGCUUGUUUAACUUGCCAAAGAGAGCAUUAGAAAAGAGCUAUUCCUACAUGAGGCCUACUUGAUUCAGUACAGAUCAUUCUGCAAAUAUUAAGUGUAAACAUAAGUAAAAAGAUUUUUUUAAUCCAAAACCGCUGUGCAAUAUGAACAAGGUAGUAAUACCAUUUUUAAAAGUUGAAGAUCACAAAACAUGCAAAAUAUUAAUGGUGGAGCACGACUUUUCUAUAUUUUUUUAGUGGUGUAUACAUUUUUUUGGUCUGUGACCAAGCAAUAUCUUUUUUUGUACUGCUUAGUUACUGUUGUUUUUUCUUCAAGGAUUACUGCAAAAUAAACUAAAUUUUCUACUGGA